AUCGAUUGGGGAUUUCCUGAGAUGGUGACGCAUAUCAUUUUAUUUUCCGAUAAUUAUAUAAUCUCGUCUGUAAAUCCCCCAUUUUCCCCUUACAAUUGCAUGUAGCGCUUUUGCUGAUGUGUUGUCCUUUUCGUCGCUAAAACAGUUGACUAGAAGACGUGAGCAGAUCGUGAGGGCGCGCCGUACGUACAUGCUCUCACGUGCAGACACUGAUGCGGAAAUGGAUAGGACGGAUGUUGGCAAGUUCGUUCGUAUCAAGCCUGAAGGCAUCGAGCCGUAUCCAAGGAGUGGACAUUGCUCUACAACAGACGGUAACAAUAUGAUUGUAUAUGGAGGAUACAAUCCUGAAUAUCACAAGAGUGGAACUGGGCCAGGUCAUGAAGAUGUCGUCAUUGAAAAUCAAGUUUUUACUGAGAUGUGGUGCUUUAACCUGAACACAGAGACCUGGCGUGAAGUGAGCACAGUUGGAGAAAAGCCGACUGCAACCACCGGCAUGUCAAUGAUAUUGGAUACCAGUGGCCACAUGCUGUUGUUGCACGGAGGUACCGGUCAUCCAUGGGGUAGGAACAACAACGGUGACCUGAUUGCUUUCGUAUUGAGUGAGAGGAGAUGGAAACCGUUACAGUGCACCGGUGAUUGCCCCGCAGCAAAAUAUGGACAGGCCAUAGUCCUCAGACAGGGCCAUCUCUAUUGCUUCGGUGGCUGCCGAUGGCUUCCCGAUGUUGAAGAUUUCUUGUUCAACUCUGAGCUGCACUGUCUGGACCUCAAGAGCCAGACCUGGUCACUCCUGUACGACGAUCCUCGAAACGAAUCCCGGGUUAUGUACAAGCACGGCUUGGCACUGUAUGAAAAUAAACUCUACGUUGUCGGUAGCAGCUAUGGAGACUUGUACUCGUUAACUCACCAAGAAAAGCUCCACGUCUUUGAUUUGCACACAAAAGAGUGGAAGAUACAAGAUACAUUGCGUUGUCUCAGACAUGGCUACCCAAGGCAGAGGAAAUAUCACGGCUGGGUACAGUGGAAAAACGAGGUCUACAUAUGCGGUGGCCACAACAACAGAAUAGUUUUGCGAGACAUUUGGAAGCUAGAGUUACCCAGCUUGCAAUGGACUCGCUUGCCUACAAACCUGCCAGUCACUACAUACUUCAUCACAGCUGCUAUAACACCCACCAAGUGCCUGUACACAUUUGGAGGAAUCACUGACCUCGAGGACCGCCCUCGGACCAACGCUGUCUUCAGACUAUGGCUCGCUAUUCCCCCUCUCCUGGACCUGGCCCUGAAAAAGGUCCUGACUCUCCUACCGGACAGAAACGCUGAAACUAUCGCAAGGCUUCGAGACCUGGGAGUUCCCUUUAAUGUGAUGGACAAACUGAGACACGUAGAAUAAAGUGAUCAGAAAUUGCCUCAGAUCGCACCACAGAGCAUCUAGAGUCCAGAAAUUUUGCCGUAGUUUUUGGACCCACUUUUUGGGGACCAAAUUUUUUUGCCCCUCCCCCCAAAACAAAUUGUGCUCUGGAUCCGCCCUGGAUUUAUUUGAGGGGAAGUGUGGCCCAGUGGUUACGGUUUGUGACUCAUGAUCAGAGGGACAGGGGUUCAAAUCCUGCAGCAGCCAUAUCAUGUGCCCUUGGGCAAGCCACUUCACCGGCCCCACUCGCCUAUAGCGCUCCACCCAGGAGUAUGAUAAAUGGGUACUGCCAUUAGCUGGGGAGUAUAAUUGUGAUGGACUGGCAACCGGGGAGGGGCCAAGGGUGGCCGGUAAAGAAAUAUUGUCACGACAGUAGACAAAUGCUGGCCUGAUCAAGCAAGGCUCAGAACAAUCUUUACUUUGCUCAAAUUUCAUUUAGAAUCCUCGAACUUAUAACCAAAUUGUACAAAACAAAAUACUUGGUAUGGAGAUUAAUAACUUUGCCACAUGAGUUUAGACACCCAAAAAGUUUUGUACCAAACUGCUGCCAUGUCCAAGUGUUUUUCUAGUGAAUUACCAUAUUUCGAUUUUGUUGGGUAUUAAGCUUGCCUUUAAGAAAUACAUAUUUGUUGAUGCCAUUUUUGCUGUAGGGUAGAAGUUCAAAGUGUUAUGUUUUUCAGUUCUAAGCUAUUUAAAUAUUAUUUGUUUGUGUUUUUCCCUUGGAUGUGCUUCUUUUUUACUUCUUCUUGCCAUUCAUCCAAACCCAGCAACUGCAGUUUAAUAAAAAACCUUUAUAAUUGCGUCACGUCAGCAUUAUAUUUAUUAUUUUAUGUCUGUGCUUAUCCAUAUACAGGUGGACUUUUAUUAUUUUGGGACCUAAAAAUGCUACCUAUUUUAAAAGAGAAGUUAAUUGCGCCAAUCUACAUUUUGUGUUUAUGUUUUAAUCAAUCAAGAAAAUUAAUUUGUUACAAAAUACUCUUUUUUCUUAUCAAUUAUACAAUGAACUUUCAGAAAUGGAAACUAAAAUAAAAGUUUACACUUUAAUGCAGAAAAUUGCAAUUAAAAAGAGUAUUGAACAUUCCAAGUAUAUUUGCUGUUUAUAAAAUUAUUAAUAAUCAUUGCCCUACAAAAAGCUAAACAUUUGUAAAAAAAAAAAAAAAAAAAAAAGCAAUAAAUCGUAUGUAAUGUUAUUUACAAUAAUGAAACACAUAAUAAAGUAGUUUGAAAUAUAUCUAGUAAUUACUCGGAUGCCUGACAAAACUCUAGGGAGUUUUUCUUUACAACUCGAAUUUUAUGCUGCAGUUUUAAGUCUGGCCCACCAAUACUGAUUUAGUAUUUUAUUAAUACUUACAUUUUUUUCUAACCAAAUCUGCAAAGUUCGAAAUUGCCUAUUGGAUUAAGCUUUCAACAGUUCCAGGUGAAAUAAUUUUAUCAGAUUGUUGCAUGGCUCACAAUUUAUUUCAUUGACACGGAGUGUAAGUUUUUUUAAUUUUUAAUUUUGUUUUUUUGUUUUUUACAAUGAAGUGCUUUUAGUUUAGGGUCAUAUUUGUACAAAGCUACUGUACUUAAAUUAAGUUAGAAUCAAAUAUAAUGUGAUGUAGUAUGAGGUUUAUAUUUUGAAUAUUAAACAUCUUGAUUCAUUAAUUCAUCAUUUAUAGGCAGUGAA